UGACAAAAGCAAAAAUAUUUUCUUCUUUCUUUUUCGCAUGCAAAAACCAAACAAAUAUCAGCAACACCGUCAACGCGAAUAUGAACUUAAUUUGUCACACAUCCCUCGGUGUUCACAUUUCGUCGUAAACAAACAACCGUGAAUCGUCAGUUUAUCUUAUCUUAUUUGAAAAUUAAAAUAUAUAGGUAGCACUCGCUUCAAUAUACAAAAGCUUUUCAUCUCGCAACGAGACAUUCUCUGCUCAUCGUUCAUCGAGCUAUUUAAGCUUAUCGGACACAACAGCGCACGGCAGAUAAGUGCCGCAGCAUUCAAUAUUCAAAAUUGAAUAACUGGAGGAACCGAUCAGUCAAUCAGUUCUGCCACGAUGGCCGUUUAUCAGCUGCCGAUGGAACACCACAGCGUACGGUUGCCCGGUACGACAAUUAUCGGUUGUAUCGGGUGCAGCUGGAAACGGAUCAACAUGUGCAAAUCCUGCAGGAACUGGAAGCCAAGAGCGAUAGCUGUACAUUCUAUGGACAUGCCCGACAACCGGGACAACAGUUGACUAUCAUGGUUGCCGCAAACAAGAUUAUGGAUUUUGAAGAUCUGCUGAAACGGUUCGAAAUCAAGGGACAGGUGCUGGAAUACAACAUUCAAAGCAAAAUCGACAGUGAAUCUCAAAAUGUUAAACCUUCUUCGGUUAGCACCGACGAGUUUGACUGGAAUCAUUACUUUCACCUGGAGACUAUCUACGCUUGGAUGGAAGAUCUAACCAAAAAGCACGAUUUCAUAACUGUGCACAGCUUAGGAUCAACCUACGAAGGGCUGCCCAUCAAAGGCGUUAAGCUGUCCCGUAAGUCGGGCAACAAAACCAUCUUCGUGGAAGGUGGCAUCCACGCCCGAGAGUGGAUAUCCUCAGCGACUGCUACGUUCAUUCUAAACGAACUAAUCACCUCAACUGAUCCUCUGGUCGUCGAUCUCUCCACCAACUAUAACUGGUUCAUCUUUCCGGUGGUCAACCCGGAUGGUUAUAAGUUCACCUUCGAGGGUGACCGUUUGUGGAGAAAAAACCGUAGACCGUACGGUUUAUGUCGCGGAGUUGAUCUCAACCGAAACUUCAACAGCAACUGGGGAGGAAUCGGUUCCAGCGACGAUCCCUGUAGUUAUGAUUUUUCUGGCGGUGAGGUGUUUUCCGAACCAGAGACUGUCGCGUUGGCUGAUUUUAUACGUAAAAAUACCGAAAAGGAACAGAUUCGAACAUACAUCGCUUUGCACUCGUACUCGCAGCUGAUAAUGUUUCCGUUCGGUCAUACCGCAGAUAAAAUACCUAAUUAUGACCAUCUGAAUGGUAUUACACAGAAGGCAAUCGCAGCCCUCACGGCAGUUCAUGGAACAAACUUCCAGGGUGGUAGUAAGCACGAAACUAUUUACCCAUCAAGCGGAGGCAGUAUUGACUGGGCGUACCAGCAGGCAAAGAUACCGGUUUCGCUGACGUUCGAACUGAGAGGUCCACCGGAGUCGACCGAUAUGUUCAUACUGCCAGCAGAGCAAAUCACUCCGGUGGGACAGGAAACGAUGGCCGCAUUUGUAGCAAUUGUAACGGAAGCAAAACUGUUGGGGUAUUAUGAUUAGUGGAAUGUAAUUUUGUUCUCAUUUGGUAGCAACUUGUGACUACUAUUGAGGAAGGGGUACGCUUGUUUGGUUUUAUUGUUUCUGAAUGUUCACUAUUUUAUUCAAGUUUUUAUGAAAGGUAAUUGCAUUCAAACUCCUUGGAAUAGCUUGUCUGGUUUAUCAGAAUGCUAAUAAAACAAAAGUCUUAUGAUUGAUAAGAAAUGA